AUGAAUAGGCAAGGGGGCCAGAAGAUCAAUAAGGUGCGCAACUGCGUGCUCUUGACGCACUUGCCAACGGGUUUGCAGGUGCGCACGCAAAAGACACGAUCACUAGCGGACAACCGUCGCGUUGCUCGUCAAUUGCUACUGCAGAAACUGGACGAUCACGUCAACGGGUCGUUAAGUAAACACAAUGAAAAAAUUGCACAAUUGCGUCGGAAAAAGGCGAAUCGACGAGCUAAGGCCAAGCAAAAGUACGCCACUGCAACAACUGAAGGCGAUGAGCAGGACAUCGGAGACGACGCAGGAGAAGACGACAGCGACAGUGAGGACGAGUGCAUUGAGUUAAUCGAGAGUGCUGAUAUUGACAGUAAGGAGGGAGUGCAAGGAACAAAGCGUUGA